CUUCACAAAAGGCCCUAGAUUGAGUGCUUAAAACAGAUGAUUCUUGUCGUUGUUUAUGUCGGUCGUUCAGGGAAACGAAAGAUUUAACGAGUUCCCCAUUUUAUAAUAGUUUUAUUGAGUGCUGACCUGGAGUUAUGAUUACGAACUUCAGAUAAUGAACUGUGGAAAUUAUCUUCAUUUUCUACUUGUUAUCUCAUUGUGCCAUACCGUAAUGAAUCAGCUAUACUGUCGCCAAAACUCAUGUGAAAUGCCUUCAGUGGAAUAUGUCGUUAGAGUCGAUGGAACGUUUUCAGAUGCCAAGGCAGUCGCUCGACUGCACGACUUGGAACUAGUUGAUGAAAUGAUUGGUUUUAAAGGGAUGUACAUAAUGCACUCAAAAGCUAGCGCACUCAAAAGGCGCAAGCGUCGGGCUAUGGUAUCCAUUGGAGGUCCAGGGGUCAAGUGGUUUAUUAAACAAGAAUUUCUUAAACGUACUAAGCGUUCCAGUGUGCCGACCGUAUUUUGGGAUGAUCCGCUGUAUCCUGAUAUGUGGUAUCUGAACAGAGCUAGUAAAGGUAGAGGUUAUGAUAUGAAUGUAUUAGAAGCAUGGGAGUUAGGCUAUACUGGUAGAGGUAUCAAAAUCACUAUUAUGGACGAUGGAAUAGACUACACGCAUCCGGAUCUGUUUGUAACUUAUGAUCCUAAAGCUAGUAUCGAUAUUAACGGUCAUGAUAAUGAUCCAAUGCCAAAUAUACGGAAUCGUGAUAAUAAACAUGGGACUCGGUGCGCUGGACAAAUUGCUGCUCAGGGCAAUAACUCUGUAUGUAUUGUCGGUAUCGCUCAUAAUGCACAGAUCGGUGGCAUACGUAUGUUAGAUGGUUACAUAACGGAUAGAGUUGAAGCGGAAACACUACAUUUUCGACAGGAUUACAUUGAUAUUUACUCAGGUAGUUGGGGACCUGAAGACUCAGGGAAAUUAUAUGAAGGUCCCGGUAUACUUGCUCAAUCUGCAUUCCAACAAGGUGUAGUUACGGGUCGAAGAGGUUUCGGUAAUAUUUAUGUAUGGGCAUCAGGUAAUGGUGGUUCACUAGAUGAUUCAUGCGCUUGUGAUGGUUAUUCAAGUAGUCCAUUCACUUUAUCUGUCAGUGGUGUUAGUGAGUCAAAUACACGUCCAUGGUAUUUAGAAAAAUGUUCAUCAACUUUAGCUAGUACUUAUAGUAGUGGAAGUCCAAUGGAAAGAAUGAUUUCAUUUACAGUUAAUCAGCCAUAAAUCCCGUUGCUCAGUUCUACAUUAAAAGUAUUCUUUUCCUUUGUAUAAUAAUUGGAUUUACUAUUAAUGUUUAGUUGUGGUUUUAUGUUCUUAUACUUGAAUACUGAUAUGAGCUGUGAAUAUAAUUAAGAAAAGGUUAUUGAAAGCAGUAAUUUAACUCUCUGGUGUUCUGAUUACAUGUUCAGGACUUUGGGAAUUUCCGUAUCUUAUGGAUUGCAUGAUGAAUACACUAACGGGGUGGGGUUAGUAGCCUUAUUGUUGGUCACACAGCCACGAACGAAUACUAUUGUAGAGACAGACCAUCUGUUUCUCCCAAAAUAUGAUCCGUUUUCUGAUAUAUUUAGAUUUGUAUAUAUAUUUAUUCACAUUUAAGAGGCAUUUUUAAUGCUCUUAUGGAAAAAUAACCUGAAUAUUUCUCCUUUACGUAUAAAGUGUUAAUUUAACUGAUUUAUUUUAAUGCAUUGAACAUCGGAUAUCUGAAGUUAAUUAUGUUAUUUUUUCUCUCCAACUUCGAAAUUUAAAGAAUUCUCAAGCUAACCAACGUCUUUUACUAAUCUUGUCAACGAAAACAGAAAAGCCCGACAAAAAUUGUCAGACUGAUUUUCAUGAAUAACUGAAGAAUAUUAACGACACUUUUUUUGUGGCCUAUUAAGUUCCGACACUCUUUGGUUACAGUUAGUAAUCACCAGGUUCUGUAUAUAAUUAGAUUAUAAAUUCAAAUGCGUAAAAUUAAAAAAAUACAUACUGCGGUACACUUUUACUUUAUUCACACAUCCACAUACAUGAAUGCAACUUAGAAAUCACUCCUGUCAGUUUCGUGAUAUCAUUAUUGAAUCUGACCUAAAUUACAUCGUGGAUUGUUUCUUGGUUUGUAAUUUCACCAACUGGCCUAUCUGUUGUUUUUAGGUUAUAGAAGUACAUACACACACACUUCAAUGUACGUAGAGUUGUUACUUUUAUAGUAAACAAAACUAUUGAUAGCUUUAUUGUUUAGAAAUGUUUUCUGCUGCCAUGGCAUUUGUGUGCUUUAUUUUCAGUUUCUGUAUGCUUCAAAAAUAUUUGUACAUACAUCUACGUGCACUUAUCUACUUUUGUGCGGAAAUUUUCUUCUACUGUUUGUAUGCCUGUAUCACUAUGUAUUCAUAUCAGAUGUAUAGUUUUGUCUGAGAAUUCCAUAAGUUUGUUGUAUUAAACAACAAACAAACAAACUGAAGGAAUAAGCCACUGGUCCUAAUCACUGCUAUUUUUCUCAAUUAUUAUUACCUGAAAUUUCGAUUCACAUCCAUAAUAAUUGAUAUAAAGAUUGUCAACUAUAUUUUGUUCACGCUAGAAUGAACCAGACAAAUUAUAAUAUCGAAGUUUAAAGGUGAUAAAUUAAGGUCAAUAUUUCAUUUUUUCAUGAUGCCAAAAUAGUUUCAUUGGUAUGCAAAAUAACUAUAUAUAAUGUAGAUUAGAUUUCUUCACUUGUACAUUUAUAACAUAAGGUCAGGUGACUAGAAUCCUAUCGUUUGACUGAUAUGUUGAUAUAAGCCUAUUGAAGGAUAAACUCGACAUCAUGUUCACGUUUUCGUAAUUCCUAUUUGAAUAAUCAUGUAGAAAUAUUAAGAUGAGAAACGUAAAACACUGAAAAAUUAUUUCAUCGUAGAACUCACUACUUUUUGGCAUAAAAUUCACUAAUAAACAUUCUGUUUAAAAUGAUUAGUUUGUUUCUGUCUCAUGUCAUUUGGAUAUUUUCUGUGAUUUCUGGUUAUCUCUCAGAUGGAAAAUUCUAAAUAAUGUUUUCUACAAAAAUCCCACCCGCGUUACUCUUGAAAACUACUAACAGUUCCAUAAUAAAAUAAAUAUAUGUCUGAAUAUUCAAUUAGUAGAUUACAUUACACUUGAUGAUAACAAAGUGCAUAUCUUUAUGUAUGUAAAUAAGCCAUGACUAUGUGUAUAGGUAGAACUUAAAAAUAAGUUAAGCAUCUGUACAUUUUUGGGAAAUGUAAGAAUCAAAACAUCAUAAAACUCAUAUUUAAAUAAUGGAUUGACUAAGUUGAUCAGAAGGAUCAGUGUAAUGCGUGUCAAUUCAUAUGAAUCGUGCCUGUCUAAAUAAUAAAUCAAUACCAGUAGUGUAAGUUCAUAAUGAGAAUAAACUGUUCUUAAACACUUUGUGGGACGGAGAAGUUUGAAUUUUCGUCCGGGUAGAGCUUCAAUAUUAAUUAGUAUUCUCCUUCUUUUGUACAACAUUACAAAGACGAAUUGUUGUUAUCAACCCUAUAGCUUGUUUCAUCUAAAUGUUUAUCAAUGAAGGUGUUUAUUUGUUUUAUUCAAUUAGUUUUUUUAUUUUGUGUUUUUAAAAACAUAUUUACCUCUUUAGUCCACUACUGAUUUGGGUCAUGACUGUACUCGUAUGCAUUCCGGUACAUCAGCAUGUGCGCCAAUGGCAGCUGGAAUUAUUGCAUUAUUAUUAGAAGCUAAUGGUCGACUUAGCUGGCGUGACGUUCAAUAUAUUACUUUACUAACAGCUAAUCCGAAACCGUUCAAAGAUGGUAAUUUUACAAAGAAUGCCGUUGGACGUCAAUAUAGCCAGUUGUAUGGAUAUGGUUUAAUGGAUGCUGGUAAAAUGGUCCGACUUGGGGAAUUAUGGCGUGGUGUUCCUCCACAUCAUCGUUGUACUUCAAAUGUGAUAGAUGUACAAAAAAAUCUAGGUGGAAAAUUUAAUCACACAUUAUUUCUUAACUUCUCUGGAUGUCAACCAAAAUCUCGAAAUAGUGACUCAUCAAACAAAUUGAAUAAACGAUGGACUUCAGAAAAUGGUACACCCAUACGUUAUUUAGAACAUGUCCAAGUUUACGCAGAUAUUGUUUAUGAACGUAGAGGAUUAUUACAACUAUCUGUAAUAUCUCCAAGUGGUACAUUAAGUGUACUUCUCCCACCUCGAACUCAUGAUGAACAUUCAGGUAAUAUAGCUAUGCUACGUUGGCCAGUUACAACAGUACAGUUUUGGGGUGAAAAUGCUGUUGGUACAUGGCAGAUACGUUUAGAUAGUAUUGUAGGCAGUGAAAUAAGUCGGGCUGAUCCAGAUAACAUUAAAGGAUUUUGGCGUUCAGUUUGGAUUGUCGCCUAUGGUACAGAUGAAUUUCCUAUACGUCUUAAACCUCCUACACCUGAACGUCCACCACCUCCGGUAUGUUUUCUUGCUUAAUGACUGUUGUCAUCUGGUUUCUUUUUAAUUUAAAUAACCAUUUUCAUGUUACCAUGCUGUUUUUCUAAUUUGUCGUUAGUUUCAAUCACUAAAUCCUAUCAAUUGAAGAACAAUAAUAGGAACUAAGAAGCUGUUCCUUUUUAUUUCGAAACUCUUCAACGGUGUAUACUAGUUUUUAACGAGAAGCCAACCAAUUUAGAAAUUAGACGGCUAUCUACUCAUGAUAUUGUGUAAUAGAAACACUACAUUACCAACAGAUUGAAUAAAAAUAACGAACUGUAAAUUCUCGAUUUCGAACUUGAGUGGUGUUGUACUUUCAUCAGAUCUCAAGAUUGUCUUUUUGUUACUGUGUUUGAUUAUGAAUGUUCAGUGUUGAAAGUUUUAUUUAUCAGGUAAUUGAAUACAAGCUACACUCUAAUUGUAAGGGUUAAUUAAACUACCCAGUUUCCCAAACCUCAUUUAGUGAAGUGAGGUUUGAAAUUGUGAUUUAGAGAUCGAAAAUCGAACACCUUGAUCUCUUGAAAACUGCUUCACUCAGAUUUUGAUGGAAAGUAAAAUGAUAUCAAUGGAAAAAUUAUUUGAAGGACUGUUAAGUAUAAUAAAAGUAAUAAUUUGAUUAUUGAUAUGUUUGGUACAUACAGUUAGUUUAGAAUACCAAUAAUAAAGAUUAAAAUUUAGGUUUUGUAAGGUUCACUGAAUAGCUUUACAAUUUCAUAGCAUGAUCUACACUUAUACUGAAUGAGAUUUCAUAGUAUAGUCUAUGAAUCAAGGUGCUUUUAU